AAGAAAGAUUUCUCAUUCAACAAAUGUUGAUGCAAUGGAGUUAGCUAUUCAGGAUUUAAAACAGUCUGAAUAUUGGAGUAAUGAAAGAUUUUCAAAGUUGAAAAAGUAUAUAGAGACUUAUUGGUUAACGAUUAUUGAGCGUUGGGUUUGGGCAUACCGUCUAAACGGUCUACUAGUGAAUUUAAACACAAAUAAUGGAGUCGAAAGACAAAAUAAAUCAUUUAAAUAUUCUUAUCUCCAACAAUUUAAUAGUUCUUCAUUAACUGGAAUGCUAACUAUCUUAAUUGAAGAGUUUUUUCCAGAUAAAUACCAAAGCUAUAUUGAAAAAAACUUUAAAAUGGAUUCUAGGUAUCGUCGUUAUGCAAAGAUAAUAUCAAGUUUCCUAAUAAAUCGACCUCGUGAAAUGGUUACACAUUGCCUUAAAAAAAUCAGUCUUGCUGAAAGCUUUGAUUUAGGUAAGGUAUCAAUGAUAAAUCAUGGUAUAUUCUCCAUUAAAGGUGUUACAGUAAACUACCAAAUUGAUUUUGGAAAUGAUAGUAAUAUGCCGAACUGCACAUGCUCUUCAUGGCGUUUAUCUUGUUAUCCAUGCAAGCAUUUUUUUGCAAUUUUUAGAAAGUUCCCACUCUGGCAAUGUGAUGCAUUACCACUUAUAUAUCGCAAUUCACCAUUACUAACAUUAGACAAUGAAGAAAUUCAUUUUCAAAAUGAGGAAGUUACAUCUAAAAAAGACAAAUGUGACACUAAUUUUACCGAUUCUAAAAAGAUAGUAGAAUCAGAAGAAAUAAAUGAAGAAAACAUUUGUAGUAAAUAG